UAUCAAUUCCAAGGCGGCAGCGGCGGCGGUCGUCGUGCGUGCAUUCGCUGUUGUGAACCCUAGCGUAUACGACUGCUAUUGGUGACUGUGCGACUUCGACGAUUGGUAUUUCGCACCAGUCGGAUAAUAUUAGUAAUAAUAUUUCUUAGUAUUAUUAUUACUCUUAUUAUUAUCCUUAUCAUCCGUCGUUAUCGUCCUCACGAUGGUUUUGUGAUCUUGCUUGCUGCUGCUGCUGUUGCCGAAUCUGCUUGAAUCCUAGACUCACAACAGACACCUGGACCAUCGAAGAACUGUUGGCGAACAAUUAUUAUGAUAAACAACUAUAUGGCAUCGGUUUUUGAAAAAUUAUAUCAAUGAGCAACGUGGAGAAAAAACUAGAAUCCGACAACGGUGCAGGUCGACUAACAACAGCUACAAUGGAACAACUGUUUACGGGUACAAUACGCAUCAAAUUAUGCAAAGCAUCCGGAUUACGGCCUACCGACUUACAGACUCGCCUUAAGAACAUGUCAUUCCUGAAACCCGAAGACCCGUUGCUCGACGCCUAUGUCAGCAUCGAUGUGGACGACAAUAUACUGUUGAGGUCACAGACUGUACCCAAGACAUAUGAUCCUGUAUGGAACGAAUAUUUUACUCAAGACGUACAUGAAGCCAACAAGCUGGGUCUAACCGUAUUCCACGACGCUGUCAUUGAAGAUCUAUUUGUGGCUAACUGCAAAUUAUCAUUUAGCGAGCUUAUUCAACGCGAGAAAUCUGAAGACCAAGAGUUCUGGGUGGAUUUAGAACCUCAAGGCAAAUUACAUCUUCGCAUCGAUUUAAAAUGGAAUUCAAAAGAUAUUCCUACUCGGCCAUCAGAAUUCAAGGAGCGUCAGGGAUUGCUAAAUCGAAGGCGUGGAGCUAUGAGGCGAAGAGUUCAUCAAGUAAACGGACACAAAUUUAUGGCUACAUUCCUGAGGCAACCCACAUUUUGUUCACAUUGUCGGAAUUUCAUAUGGGGAUUUGGAAAGCAAGGCUAUCAAUGUCAAGUUUGCACUUGUGUUGUUCACAAGCGCUGUCAUAUGGAAGUAGUGACAAUAUGUCCAGGGUUUGGCAAAAAAGAGCUAAGUCAAGGAAAUCAAUCUCAACGAUUCAGCGUUAAUGUUCCUCAUAGAUUCAAACCGCACACUUAUAAAAUAUUUACAUUUUGUGAUCAUUGUGGUUCUCUGCUUUAUGGUAUAUAUAGGCAAGGUUUACAGUGUGAAGUAUGUACAUUGAAUGUGCAUAGACGGUGUGUCAAAAAUGUAGCAAACAACUGCGGUAUUAAUCCUCGAGAAAUGGCCGAUACUUUGCGGAGCUGUGGGUUGAAUCUUAGCAAGAAUGUGGACUGGCCUGCCGGAAAUGGUAGCUUUAGCGUAAGCAGUGGAAGUGGUUCCAGCUUACACCGUGAUCUCACUCAACAAACCUCAAAUAUUUUAAACACCAUGUCGGACAAGCAUUCCUUGCAAGAUUCUCACAAACGAAGUGGAGAAAAACCACAGAAAAUGAACCAAAGUUUGAGCUGUUACAAUUUGAACAGCAGGAAAAUGAGUGUGACAGAUUUCACAUUCUUAAAAGUAUUAGGUAAAGGAAGUUUCGGUAAGGUUAUGUUGGCAGAAAAACGAGGCACCGAAGAAGUCUACGCAGUUAAAGUUUUAAAGAAAGAUGUAAUAGUACAAGACGAUGAUGUCGAUUGCACGAUGACUGAGAAACGAAUUUUGGCACUUGCUGCAAAACAUCCAUUUUUGACAGCAUUACAUUCUUGUUUUCAGACUAAAGACAGACUGUUUUUCGUAAUGGAGUAUGUGAAUGGCGGUGAUCUUAUGUUUCAAAUACAAAGAGCAAGAAAGUUUGAUGAGCCUCGUGCUCGCUUUUAUGCCGCAGAAGUGACGCUUGCUUUGCAGUUUCUUCACAAACAUGGCGUUGUUUAUAGGGACUUGAAAUUGGACAAUAUAUUAUUGGACAAUGAAGGCCAUUGCAAACUUGCUGAUUUUGGUAUGUGCAAAGAAGGAAUUGUCGAUGGAGUUACUACCACUACAUUUUGUGGAACACCUGACUAUAUUGCCCCUGAGAUUCUUCAAGAACUAAACUAUGGUGCAAGUGUUGACUGGUGGGCAUUAGGUGUGCUUAUGUAUGAAAUGAUGGCCGGACAGCCGCCAUUUGAGGCUGACAACGAAGAUGAUCUCUUUGAAUCUAUUUUGCAUGACGAUGUGCUAUAUCCAGUUUGGCUGAGCAAAGAAGCAGUGUCUAUUCUCAAAGGAUUUAUGACAAAAAAUCGCAACAAACGUCUCGGUUGCGUAUUGGCUGAUGGUUUAGAAGCUGCAAUAAGAACCCAUCCAUUUUUCCGAGAAUUGGAUUGGGAUGCUUUAGAAACACGGCGUGUUAAACCACCUUUUAAACCAAAAAUAAAAAACAAGAAAGAUGCCAUGAACUUUGACGCAGAAUUUACCAAAGAAGAACCUGUUUUGACACCUGUACCUGUUGAUGUAACAUUAUCAAUUAACCAAGAAGAAUUUCAAGGAUUCUCAUUUGUGAAUUUUGAUUUCAACCCCAGUAAAUUUAUUUCUUCUUCGACAGAUACUUCCUCUAAGUAAUAACAAACUAUUUUAAAGCUUACAAUCAACAAAAUUAUCAUGUCUGAUAUGAACUAUCUGAAAUGAAUGGAAGAUCGAUCAUAAUAAUAUAUGUGAUACAUAUAGUCACCACAUAUAUUCCUUCAAAAGUUGCCUAUUGAUGUAUAUGAUUGUGUGUGUGUAUAAGAUCUUACUUCUAAUUUUGCGCUUCACUAUUAUGUAAAAAAAAGUAUAUUCUAGUCUAGGAUCAAUAUUAUUCACGAUUGAUCCUAUAAUAUUGUGAAUUAUUAGUUUAACUUAUUACUAUACAUUUAAAAUUGUUUAGAAUUUUAUCAAAAUUCAGAAUAACAGUAUUAUUUUGCAUUUUAUUAAAACUAGUCACUUUUUUCCAUGUUAUCGUACAACACAUUUAAAUGUAAUUUAUUAUUUUGUUAGUGUCUUUUUUGUUUUAAUACCGUUUUAUAUGUUAUUUAGUUUUUUUUCACCUUGAACCAAUUAUUCUAACGUGCAUUUAUUUUAUUGGAUUUAAUUUAUGCAGCAAUAGUGAAUUAUAAUU